AUGAAGAUUUUAAGCUGGAAUGUCAGGGGACUAGGGGCCCCUGACAAACGUAGGAUGGUGAAGCAUCAUCUUAGUAAUACAUCGUGUGACAUCAUUAUGCUACAGGAAACUAAGCUCAGUUGUGAGGAAGGGGAAAGGUUUGUUAGAUAUUGUAAGAGGUGGGAAGGACGCUUCCAAAUGGCUGAAGGCAAUUCUGGAGGUUUGGGGAUAGUGUGGAACCCUGAUAAGGUUCUAAUUACAGAGGUUAGUGGGAACAAGAAUUGGAUGACCUGCAUGGCACAUAAUAGAGACAGGAAAUAUGGAGUGCGGAUUUGGAAUGUGUAUGGACCAACUGGUUCAGAUGAAAAAACCAAACUUUGGGGCGAGCUGGAAGAUAGCAUUUUAAAAUGCACUGACAAGAAAUUUAUUGUUGGGGGAGAUUUCAACGCCAUUUUGGAUCUAACAGAAAAAAGAGGGGGAAGUAAUAGGAUCAGUAAGGAGAUGCUGGAAUUCAAAAAUUUUGUGCGUAGGAUUGAAGCAACGGAUUGUAUUCCAGUGGAAGGAUGGUUCACGUGGACCAAUAGAAGACAGGGGUUCACCAACAUUGCAGAGCGGCUGGACAGGUUUUUGGUGGGGGAAGGAUGGAUUCUGGAAGGGAUACCUACCAUUGCCAGUACUCUCCCUAUCAGCACUUCGGAUCAUUACCCUUUGCAGAUGGACAUUGGGACUGCAACACAAGGGGGAGGUGGCUAUUUCAAAUUUCAGAACAUGUGGUGGAGGGAGAAAUCUCUCAAGAGCCAACUCGAGCAAUGGUGGAUGGAGUGCAAACAUAUUCAAGGUACUCCCAGUUUUUGUUUUGUUAAGAAAUUGUUGUUUGUUAAGAACAAAUUGAAAAUAUGGAAUAGAGAUGUCUUCAAGAAUAUUUUCGAAGAAAAAGAUAAGAUUGGGAAGGAGCUAGAGAAGCUGAAUUUGAUUGUCAUGGAGAAAGGAAUGACUAGUAUCGAAUUUGAAGAAGAAAAAAGGCUGAAGAACUCAUUAAAUGAGAUAUUAGCAAGGGAAGAGAUUUAUUGGAGAGAUAAGGCUAGAGAACUGUGGAUUCGAGAAGGAGACAAGAACACAAAAUUUUUCCAUGCCUAA